AUGUCGGAGCGUCCAGCGUCGGCCGGAGACGUGGGCCUGCAGGACGUCCCGAGAGGACGGGGGAAAGACGGAGACCAGAGGACGAAGAGCAACAUGAUCCGAGUCUUCAUCAGCUCCACGUUCACAGAUAUGAGCAGCGAGAGGAAAGCUCUGCUGGAGAAAGCUUACCCAGAAGUCCUUGCUUUCUGCCGUAGUCUGGGGCUGGUGUUUGAGGCUCUGCUGGGGAACCGGUAUGGCGAGCGCUGUCUCCCUCGCCGCGUCCCGGAGAAGCAGUUUGAACUUCUUCUCUCCAAACUCUCCAAAAACCGCGACGGCGCCGCGCUGCUGACUCGCUGGUUCCUCCGAGACGACAACGCGGUCCCGCCCUCCUACGUGCUUCAGCCAAUCGCGUGUGGCGACCCCGGGCCGGAGAGCGAGCCGCGGCGGGACACGGAGACGACGCUGCUGCAGCUGCUACGCACCGCGGCCAACGCCGCCGCCGCCGGGGAGCUCACGGCCGAGCAGAAACAAGCGCUCCUCACAUCAGUCUUGGAGCGAGAGUUGGAGCUCGGUCUGUUGGCGGACGGCGGCGACCGGUCGGCUCUGCUCUUCGUGCGAGAGAUCCCCCGCCAGAGGGCUCGGGACGGUCCCAAACGCUUCGCCCGGUUCCUGGACCUGAGCGCCGGCGGCGUGCUGGACGCGGACGCUCAGCGCCUCCUCGCCGCCCUCCGGUCCCGCCUUCUCGCCGCGCCGACGCCCGGCCUCAACCUGCACAGCGUGGAGCUCUGCAAGGGAGGCGUGGACCCCAAACGGCGAGAGCACGCCACGUACCUGGACGCCGUCUGCCAGCAGUUCGUCUCGCAGAUGAAGGCCGGGAUCGCCGCGGCAACGGACGGCAAGCGUGGGAAGACCUGGGGAAGCAUCGCAGACGGAAAGAAGGAGAUCUCAGACGGCGUGCGGGCAGAAACCGGUAGGCAUACUCCCAUGACCACCGGUGUCCACCACGGUGUUCGUGGCAGAGAGGGGCUUCUGGGUAAACUGUGCUGUGCCAUGUGGGAGUCCACCAACGUGCAGCACGGUCCCCUGGUGGUGCACGGUGCGCCCGGCGCGGGGAAGACGGCGCUGCUGUGCCGACUGGCGGCCGAGCUGCGUGGCGUCCUGGGCGCCGGCGCCGCCGUGGUGAUCCGGCUGCUGGCGGCGCGCCAUCCUCACAGACCAGACAUCCACCACGUUCUCCGCAGCAUCUGCCUCCACAUCUGUCAGGCCGCUGGUAUGGCCCCGCCCUCUUUUACACUUUAUACAAAUAUAUAUAUAUAUAUAUAUACACAUUAUCGGGACGUCCUGUUGGAGGUGUCCCGGCGGGGGAACCCUCUGCUCGUGGUGCUGGACGCCGUGGAUCAGCUGUCCGACCGCCAUCACGCUCACAGGCUCCGCUGGCUGCCCGCCGUCCUGCCGCCCAACGUGCACCUGGUGGUCUCCAUGGAUACCGACAGCGAGGCGUUCGCCAACGUGCGGCUCAGGUUGAAGAAUUUGGUUGGUGGAAGUUUCUUCGAGGUGGAGCGUCUGUCCGGAGACGAAGGGAAGCAGAUCAUGGACUCGUACCUGCGAGCGUCGCAGCGAACGCUGACCGCCGAGCAGAGCGCCGCCGCGCUGCAGUGCUUCGAGUCCACGGGCUCUCCUCUUCACCUCCGGCUGAUCCUGUCGGCCGCCAAACGCUGGGCGUCCUUCACGCCGCUCACAGAGACACGCCUGGGCGCCAGCACGCAGGAAAUGAUGUCACAGAUCUUCCUGACGCUGGAGGAGAAACACGGGAAGGAGCUGGUGGGCGGGGCUUUAGGAUACAUCGCUUUGGCGAGGGAAGGUCUGCUGGAGGCUGAACUGCGUGACGUCACGUCCCUGGACGAUGACAUCAUCAGUGAGGUUUACAGGGACUCCCUCCCUCCAACGCCCUCGCUGAUCCGGCUGCCCCCCCUCCUCUGGGCGCGGCUCAGGUGGGACCUCGAGGAUCUGCUGGAGGAACGCUGGACAGACGGGGUAGCAGCCAUCGCCUUCAAAAGCCGGCGUCUGUCCGAGGCGGUUUCAGCUCGGUAUCUGACAUCAGAGCGCCGGGGGCGGAGCCUCAGGAUCCUGGCCGAGUACUUCCUGGGUCAGUGGUCAGGGAAACUAAAGCCUGUGGCUCUGCCGGGCCUGACGCUGCUCCUUGCUGACAGAAAGGUCCCGCCCCAGCCGCUGUGGUUUGCUCCAGGAUUGGCCAACGUCAGGAAGCUCCAGGAGCUGCCGUAUCAUCUGCUGCACGCGGGUCUGUGGGUCGAGCUGCAACAAGAAGUCAUCGGCAGCGCUGAGUGGCUGUUCUGUAAGAGCCGGGUGUGUGGCGUGUCCAGUGUGAUCCAGGACCUGGACCAGUGCUCCCAGUACCUGGGCUGCAUCGAGACCAGUCUGCUCCGAGAUGCUCUGGUCCUCAUGGAACCCAGCCUGGACCUGCUAGACACUCACAUGGACAUGUCUCUGUUCUACACCGAGCUAUUGGCCAGACUCUGCUCCUUGGCCACGCCCUUCCCUUCUUUGAUUGGCCGGCUGUGCAGCCACUGUGAGGAGUGGUUACUGACGUGUCCCGAUCCGAGCCUUGUUCCCAAGUGCAGCUUCCUGCUGCCGCCAGGGGGGGCGCUGCAACACACUCUGAGCGGGCUGCAGGGAGGUGUGCUCUGUGUGGACGCCAGCGUGGAGGCGGAGCUUCUGGUUGCAGGUUCAGAUGACGGCGUGGUGGCGGUCUGGAGCCUCGCUGACCAGCAGCUCCUACACUCGCUGCUGGGACACACGGGUGCGGUUUUGUCAGUCAAAGUGAGGGGCAGCCCCGCCCACUGCCUCUCAUUGGCUGCUGACGGCUCUCUGAGGAGGUGGAGCCUGACGGAUGGCCAACAGCUGCUCUGCAUCCAGGAGGCCCUGCCUGUUGGCUCCGCCCCUUCCUCCGUACACCUCCACCUGUCCGAUCAGCUGAUCUUUGUUUACACCAGGACACAGGUAAAGGUGUGGAAGCUGGAGGGGGCGGAGCUCCUCAGCAGCAGCUGUAAUGAUGAUGACGGUGAUGCUGAUGAUGGUGAUGAAGAUGGUGAUGAAGAUGGCGGCUCAGUGGUUCUGGGAGUCCUGGGGGAAUCUGUGGUUACUCUGUGUGCCUCUGGUCUGGUGAGGAUCUCUCACCCUGGUGGCGAGGCUCCGACCGUGGAGACCCGGCAGGAGAACUCCCAGAGACGGCUGACCGUGGUUAGAUCGGUGACGUUACCACGGCGACGGAAAGUCUUUGUGGUUUCCAAAGCAGGAUUUCUCCAUCAGAUUUCCAAGACGGGCAAAUGGACCGCCAACACGUUUCCUCUGGUUCCUUCUUUGCUUUCAGUCACUGAAGAUGAAAAAAUACUGUUAGCAGGAAGUGACCGGACUCUGAGCCUCUUUAACAUCGACAGAAACUCCGUGGACGGAUUCCUUGACCUUCAACACGACGACAGCGUUUUGUCGGCGUGCGUGUCAUCAGACAGUCGGCUGCUCGCCUCCGGAGCUGCUGACCAACUCAUACGGAUCUGGUCGGUGACCACGGGUGCGUUGCUGGACACUCUGUGUGGUUCAGACACUCCCGUCACCUCUGUCCUCCUGUACAACCGGUUCGUGGUCUCAGCCUCCACCGACGCCACCAGCGUCCACCUGUGGAAUCUGAACUACGACACACGCCACAAACCCACCGCACAUGUGCCGGCGGGCUGCGCCCACGUGGCCGUCACCAAGGACGCAGACCGCGUCUUCUACGUCCGACAGCAGAGCCAGACAGAGGUCAUCAGCUGGAACAACAACACAGAUUCUGUAAUAAUGUCCCUCAAACAGCCACUGCUGCUCGCGCUGGGGUUUGCUCUGCUUGUGCUCAAACUUGGUUUUCUGUUCGAGGGCGUCCUCUGUGCUGCGUUCUCCGACAACGACCGGUUCGUCUUCACGGGAUCUCAGGACAGAACGGUCAAAGUCUGGGACGUCUCCUCAGGUGACCUGCUGUACGUCCAGUACGUCUACUCCCCCGUGGUGCGCAUGGCGAGCUUCAGGAGCGGCUUCGUGGCGCUGUCCCAGCAGGGCUCCGUCAUCAGAGAGGAGUUUCACUGCCCGGACCGCGUGCGUCCGGACUACAACCCUCUGAGGAACGUCCGGGCCCAGUACCGGGUCACGUCCCGGGACAGGGGGAACCAGGACGGCCAGCCGAGCUACGACUACCGGGACUUCAACCCGGCCCAGUUAGACCUGGACCGCAUGGGCGCGCUCAGAGACAAACCCUCGGCCACCUGUCGUAUACUGUAG